AUGUACAUCAGCUGUAUUACUUUGCCUUGGAAUCCUGGUUUCGCCUUUUCUGCUUUUUUUUAUAUUUGUAAAACAUAAAGUACACAACAGUUCAAUAAAGAUGACAGAUACACAGGUUAAUGCAUUCAAAAAAUCUUAACAGGGCAGCAGUUACAUCCAUUUUUUUUCUGGAGUCUUCCUUUAAUGAACUCGCGCAGGGCUGCCUUUCUCCGAUCAACAGCUGUUUAUCAAAACUUCCAUGUUUGUCGUCCGCUCAAAGAAAAUUUUGUUUCAUUUACAUAAUAAUUCGCCACGUCUGCUUCAUUCGGGCAAAAUCAACGUCAAGGGGAGCUCUUAAUGAAAAGAGUCCCCCGCUCUAGGAGUCCUCAUCAUCGGGAGACCGCGGAGUCAAGCGAUGAGCAGUGAUUGAUCGGGUCCCGCGCGGUGUACAAACAAAUCACCGACCCAAUCAACGGCGUAUAGAUAACUUUAUCAAACAGACCCCAACCUCAGCAACCCUCGCCGCCGGAAUAACUACAGUACCUUUGGAAAAAAAACAAGAAGAAGAACAAAGUCUGCAGACGUGAAAUUAGGCAAUAUAUUGGUGGAACCGAGCACGUCUUCUGGAGCCGGCAUCUCUCUGUCUCUCCGGGGAUGAUCGGGGAUCAAUACUGUUUUACUUUAUAUAUAUAACAAGUGUUUAGCUCCGAAAAACCCAAACCAUGGCCGCAUUGGACAGCGACCGCUCAGAGGAGACCACGUGGUGUCGAGGGGUUUUGUGAUGUGCCGCGGCCUCUUUGGAACCUUGUAUAUAAGAGACAAAAAAAGACACAGGUGAGAGAAUGAGUUCUUUUCUCGGAGUUCUGCGCAAGGUGACAAUGUUUCACAAGGAACGGAAACAAGUAACGAUAAAGCAGACGACACUCCCACAAAAGGCGGGAAACUCUGUGACCUCUGGGAAUUCCUAUUCUAAGAGUAGCAAGAAGGAUCAGACCGGACGAGGACGGGUACCGUACCAUGGAGCCAUUACGGAGAGGGAUUUUGAGAAUAUCCAUCACAGAAUUGAUAAACUUCUAGCCAAGCUGGAUGACAGCGACUUAGAGCACACCCAGGCAGCCGAAGAAGAGUGCGUUGUGUGUUUAUCAGCAAAGGCCACUAUGCAAACCUUCCCAUGUGGCCACAAAAUCGUCUGCCGGAAGUGUUUUAUAAAGACCAUCCAGGUGGCGGUAUCUCAGCGCUGUCUUCCGCUCAGGUGUGUGAUUUGCCGGUCGGCCAUCUUGAAAGUCCGGCAGACGACCACUCAGCACAAAUCAAAGAAACUCCAAAGUCCGGCGUCGCACGCAUCAAGAUUCCUCUGCAAGGUCAAAUCCAAAAAAUCUGCCGUGCGCGUAAAGUGACGUCAUGGCGAGUCUACGUCACCGUUCUUCCAAAUCCCAGAGCACAGCGCGCAGGGGAUUGUGGGAGAGGAUACCUUGUAGCGUACGUUGUGUUAUUUAACAGCAUCAUAUCAAAACCAGUAGAGAGUCUAGUUUUGUAGAUAUAUUAUCUAUAUAUUGUAGUUAAACUGACUCAGUUUAUUCACAUUCCAUCAUUCUCGUCAUUAGCUGUACAUUACAGGAAGUACACAAAACAGCAGGACAGGUACAUGGAUGUUUAUACGAAAAUUUAGUGAAAGGAGUAUAUUUUUGUACAGUUUGAUUCAAAAAACUAAACUCCGCUUAUAAAUGCCCUCGACAUGUGAUCAUUAAGUGACGACCGGACAUUACGUUCGAAAGGAAGUGUGGGAAGGGAAACAUUACCCAUAUUGCACCUCCAAUCCGAGAACUUGAAGAGAGACUUUAUUACAUUGAUUAUGUUCCUGGUGAGGAAUAAUCUCAGAGAUGCGCGCGCAGUGGGGCUUUACUUUAGUUUGUUUCACUCACUGCCAUGUGGCAGACAAAGAGACUUGAGGUCCUUAGGACGGGAGCCGCCCAGCAUCAAUCAAGGUUGUGUGAAAAGGGGGGGGGGGGGUGAAGUAGAGGGAGAUACUAAAAAAUUAUGGAUUUUAUACAAAUCAAUAUAAAUAGCUUUUCAGCUGCCAAAAUAUGUGUAUUGGUAGAUAUUUUAGAAGUAGAGCCCAGUUAUUUUCGCUUCCCGCUUUAUUCAAUUUUUACAAAAUUAAUGAACUCAUACAUAACAUGCAUACAUAAAUCAGUAUAUAUAGUAUACAGUUAUAUUUUACGUCUGUUGAUUGUAUGGGAGUCUCAGAAUCUGGUCUUUUUCUUUCUUUCUUUUUUUUUUAAAGGGGGGGGGGGGGUUGAAAUCCUAAUAAUGAGUUAUUUCAAAAGGAAAUUUUAGACGAAGAUUAAAGGAAACUGUCCUUAGGCUUCUUAUGUCUUAUUGAAUUGCACGUAUACCACCUUUUUUCAUUUAUUUCUCAAAACAAUUUUAUUACCAAGUAUUUGGUUUUGUUUUACAUUUUGUACAAAAUUGAUUUCCAGGUAAUGCUGGGAAUAUAUAGUCUGAGAAGUUAAAGUCCCGAAAAAGGCGAUGUAAAAUAAUUCAAAUCAAUGUGAUGUGAUUAUUUGUACUUUUAAUCAAAGUUGUCCAAAAAAAUAUGGCCAAAAUAUACAAUUUUAAAACAAUUUGAAUCCGAAACAAUGUGAUACUCUUGUAAUUUUAUUCCAGAUAUGUGCAUGCAAUACUAUGCUCUGGUAACCGUUUUCAAGCAGUCUCAAAUCAUUCCUUUUUUUUUUUUUUACUGUUAUUGACCGUAUGUAACGGAUGUAUUUAGAAAGAUGAACUGUAACAUAUUACAUCAAAAAUUACACGAGUAUGUAAUGUUAUAUUCUUACAAUGUAUAACAAUGUAUCAAAUCAUAACAAUAUACACUGAAUGUCAGUGUCAUCGUGUUGUUCCCCCUUUUUUAGAAGAAUUCUUUAAUUUUGUGAAAAGCUGAAAAAGAUGAAUUUAUAAUAGUUUCAAGUGAAUUACUGCUUUUUAAUCUAAGAAUAAAGUUAAAAUACUUCAUGUACAGAAGAAAUAGAACUAAUGUGAUGAUCGAACUACUCUGUUUUUCUACCAAUGUGACAGGUAACGAUAAAACGCUUUAAUGUAAUAAUGUACAUGCAUGUAGCAAUGUUGUACUAGCGUACCAACAUAUGAAGAUAAAACGUAUCACUAUGCCAAAGGAUUACACUGCGUUGUUGUGUAAUAUAUUGUAAUAAAAUUACAAUAAACCAUUUGAUGUGAUAAUAUGUAACAGUGUUACAGUGAUAAAUAAGGUAACGUUUAACAUUUUACCAAUGUAGUAGGGUUAACUCCUUUUGUUAUGUUAUACUAGUCUGGGUUUUUUUCUAACUUAAUUAAUUGAGAUAUGAAACAAUAUAUAUUUUGGACAUUAUUGAAGUAUGUAAUACACAAGGAUAAUUAAGACGCACAUUGUAAUCUUUUGGUGAAAUAUUGUAAUAGAUAUGUAUUUUGUUUACUGUCAAAUCCAAUUUGAUGGUACAUUUUGUCAUAAUAAAUGCAUAUCAUUUGAUGUAUGCGUAUGCGAUAUGAUACUUAUUUCAUGAUAUUAUAUGAGUUGCACGUUUUUCAUAAAUGCGCCCCAUGAAUAUUAAUUUGUCAAUCAAUAUGCACGAUUGUAGAAUAAAAAAUAUAUCUUUGCUUAA